AUGCAUACAGUGCAGCUGCGCACUGCGCACGCAACUCCAGCUGACGCCCCACAAUUUUGCCCCGUUGCCCAGCUGCCCCCCCUGUGCCGCCCAGUCGAGUCGGGUCGCGUCCGAGUUUUUCGCUUUCCUCUUGGAUUCCGACUCCGAUUCCGACCCCGAUUCCGACUCCGCAGCAUUCACGGCCGGAAAGCUAGUAUGGCUUCGCACCCGUGGGCGAAAGAGCUCGCCGUUGCGCAGGCCGCCGUCCUCCGCGCCGCCCGCCUCACCAAGGACGCCCUCUCCUCCGUCCACGCGCGGUCCAAGCCCGACGCCUCGCCCGUCACGGCGGCCGACCUCGCCGCCCAAGCACUCCUCACCAGCAUCCUGCGCGCGGAAUUCCCCCACGACCGCUUCGUCGGCGAGGAAGGCUCGGCCGUCCUGCGGGGGGACCCGGCCCUGAGGGACAGGGUGCACGAGCUGUACUCGGCGGCUGCCGCUGCCGCGCCGGGCUGCGCCUCGAGCCCGGACGAGAUGCUGCGGCUCAUCGACCUGGGCGGCCAAGGCACGGGGGGGCCCCGCGGCCGGUUCUGGGUCAUGGACCCGGUCGACGGGACGGCCGGCUUCCUGCGGGGCGAGCAGUACGCCGUGGCGCUGGCGCUCGUCGAGGACGGCGCCGAGGCCGUCGCGGCCAUAGCCUACCCCAACCUGCGGCUGGUCGGGGGCCGCGUCGCCGAGUCGAGCGUCGACUCCCGCGGCCUCGGCGUCAUGCUCUCCGCCGCGAGGGGCCACGGCGCCAGCGUCACCUGGCUGCCCUGCGCCGAGGGCCCCUGGGAGACGCGCCCGCUGGCCAGGCUGCCGCCGCCGCCCGACGCCCCUCCGUCCAAGCUGCACGUCGUCGACUGCGACAGGAACCGCGCGUCUCACCGGAGAGUCGUGGCCCGGGUGUGCGACAGGCUGGGCGCCGACUUCCCGGGCACCGAUGUGUGGUCGUCGCAUGUCCGCUACGCGAGCCUGAUCCUGGGCGGCGGCGACUUCUGGGUCAGGACGCCCUCGGGACCCGAGAGCUGGCCCUGCAUAUGGGACCACGCGGGCGCGCAGCUGAUAUACACAGAGGUGGGCGGCAAGGCCACCGACCUGGACAACCGCGCCGUCGACUUUGGCGCCGGGAGGCACUUGUCCAGGAACAGGGGCCUGGUUCUCGCGCGGGCCGAGCUUCAUGAACAGGUAGUAGCUGCUGUCAGACAGGAAGUCGGCCAGGGCUACGUCCCGUAG